AUGAACUACAACGAAGGUGCAACGCGCGAUGGAGGAAAACGAAAGGAGAGACCUCCAAGCUUGACGCUCAGUUCGCAAGAACACGGCGGAACUCAAGGCGCCAGCGACCAUCCAAGGCCCUCCUUGGGGUCCAUAAACUCGCAUUCGUCGCUUGAUCCGUAUUAUUUCACCGCUACGAUUGCACGUCCCGUCAUUUCCUCGACGCCAGAGCCAAGACCAGAACCCAAUAUUCCCCCAACAUCGUCAUAUGGCGAUAUAGAACCUGCUCAAGAACCCAAGACUCCAGCGACCCAUCCUGGUUCCAUUGAUCGUGCGGGCUUGGUGGGUGUAGGAGACCUGACAACGCCUCGCUGGACGUCGAGGACGGAUGCUAGCAGCAGGAAUCAUCCAUGGAGAAGUCUUGAUUUCGACUUGGUCCCGCCCAAGGAGGAUAGCGAACCCUUGGCUCCUCAAGGGGCUCAAGAGCAGGAUAACGACGUUGAUCGGAGUAGCCCAUGGACAAUAGAAGCUGUCGACGAGUCUGAUACAAACGAGAUGCCUUCAUAUAUUGUCCCCAGCCCCCCACCAGUACCUCCUGCCAUGGCCCCACCAUCACCAGCUCCAAAAUUUACUGACCCAGCGGGAGAGUUUCGCGCUUUACGAGCUCGACGUUCUGUCGAAGAGAACCCCGGCGAAAAGAGUGCUGGAGAGGAAAUCUUGUAUCCUCGUACCGUAUCUAAAUCUCGCCCAGGUACCGAGCCGUCGACUCCUAUGGUGCUCUCCGACGCGGCCAAGUCGUCUACGAGCGGCAGAGGUCAUCUGUCCGCUCGUGAAGCCAGACGCUCCCCGACUCUCACCUCGGGUGGCACCCCAGCUUCGUCGUCAACCCCCCAUCGACAUCGAAAACGACCCUCUGAGGAAAUUUCUCCAUCCGGCUCGACUGGUAGGGCCAAUGGAUCGUCCUCGAGUUCCAAGGACGAAACCUCGGUGCGUCGCCAUCGGAGUCUGGGAGUAGCACCGCCAGGUGGCAGUCCCGUUAUAGGUCGCGAAAAGGCAAAGGAAAGACGCCGUCAAGACGUGGCUAACAGUAUGAUUUCGCCAUCUCGGGGACAUUCGUCAAAGGAUUCGAUCUCAAAGGAGCGACAUGUCCGUCGCUCUUCCGCCUCGGCAGCCUCGACCUCGUCACCUCCGUCUCAGGAGACAACGUUCAACAAGCGUGCGCACGACUUUUCUCAUUUACCCCCUUCACCGUCGUCCACCACUCUUCAGCAUAUCCUGAAAAGUACUACUGUCAACCAUACCGGCACUCCCUCCCCGCUACCUACCCAUGCGACUGUGCCGAGUACGUCGUCGGUGGCGCAUUCUUUGCUGAGAGGUACUCAAGAAGGCUGGUCAGGCCUUGACGACUCUGCUACCGCCGAGGCACUGAGGAAGCUGGACGGGAUUUCAGGUAAAAACCUCCGGGCUCGAUCCUCGGUCAUCAGCGUAGCUAGCAAAUCGAGCAGUCGUCCGGGUACACCAGGAAGCAAGACCGGUCAUGGACAGUGGGAAGGCGUAGAAGCUCCUCCUUUGACUAAAAGGCGAAGUGUCGGCGCGAACUUGCGGGAUGCCACCCCGGCUAGCUCUUCUGGUCAAACAACGGUAGCCCCAACUCCAGCUGCCGUUCCUAUCAUGCCUCAGGAGAAAGAGGAUGCCGAUUUGGAUAUGACAAUCAUCAAAGCGUCCAAUACGCCCAUUGGUAUGCGUUCAGCUGGGCCUUCUCCCGUCAAACGUGGCUCAGGUGGUUCGACACAUACGCAUUUUACGAGCACUGGAACCCCGUCUUCUACACGAGAUUAUACGUCAGCGUCUACCUCGACCAGUGUUACCUCCACACACGUUUCGUCGCAUCGACACUCGAGCUCAGGUGCCAAGCUGAAGAGGAGCAAUAGUACCGGUAGUGAUAGCUCUAGUAUCCAUUCCGAAAAGGACAGAGCUGCUGCUUUGGCUGCCGGUGCCGAUGGGGAACCAACGUCCAUCCCUCCGGUACCUCCUCUGCCCAAGGCCUACCAAACGCCACCUGGAAGUGCCCACCAGCAUUCGGUCAAUUCUUAUAAUGGCCACUUCCUACAAGAGGAUCCAGCAGAUCACCUUCAUGGUCAACCGGAGGUUGAGGCGCAUGCUCUCCCGAAACGGCUUACACCGGCAGCGGAGGUCCCUCAAUCACCCUCCGCAUCCAGCUCGGUAACCGCAACGCGGACUCCUAGCAAGAAAUGGAGCUUCUCUGGGCUUAAUCUCAGGCUCCCGUCAUCCGGCCCCAAGGAAGGUGGCCCGCUCUCGCCCCUUUCUCCUCGCAAGAGCUUGUCCGGACGGAGUGCAUCUGGGCCAAGCCCCGGAACCAAGCAACAGCCACUUCCCGAGCGAAUUUCUACCUCUCGCGAGCAAGAACCUGGCUCCCCAUCACUUGUCCUCCGUCGGUCUCCAUCUCCGCGUAAUUCGACGUCAUCACACCAUGGACAUCAGCCGCAUCAAUUCCCAAAUCCUCAUUCACAAGUUGCUCCUUCACCAACGCGACGCUCUACUGAUAGACUCAGUCGACCUGGGUCCAAUUCGAGUCAUUAUACCAACGCUACCAGCACGCAAACACAUAGCAAGGAAACCGUGCAAGGCAGUCCCACAAGACGACCGUCUACCACUCGUCGUUUGACGCCUUCGUCUAUUCCCUUCUUCCGCAGGUCUUCGACUCACUCGGCACAUUCCCCAAAUCUUCCGAGUGCUUCUAUUCCUCUGCCGCCGCCUCCCUUGAUGUCUCCUAGAAGCCCCGCGAGCUUGAACCCCACAUCUCCGCUCAUGCCAAUCAUGAACAAUGGUCAAGGAAGCUUCAAUGAUCAUUCACCCACUUUGCCAUCGCUCACACGCGCAACACCUCCUACCGCGGACAUUACAUCGUCCCCGGGCAGCUCCUCACACAGGAAGUCGAUGUUGAUGGGGUUGCCUUCGCUCCUCAAGGGGUCGAACUCGAGGAGAAGUUUGCAUGGUGGGGACAAGAGCGAUGCAGAAAAGAAGCAACGCGAGGAGAAGAGCAGAGAACGAGAGCGAGAAAGGGAAGAAAAGGCCAGGGAGAAGGAAAGAAGGAAAGAGGAGAAGAAGGAAGAGCGUAGUGAGAGUAGAAUCUCUGUCCUGAUGGGCAGAAGACGUGGCAAGGCAAAUGCAACACGCAAGACCAAGACAGCCGAUCCAGAGCUUCCACCGAUGCAGAUGCCUGGCAUACCUUCAUCGACUGCACAGCGUGUGGCCAGCCUACGCGCUUCUGUCACUUCGGGAGCUCAUAGGAUCACCGUUCCAUCUACACCGCCCUCUAAAGCACGAACGUCUGUUCGCUCAACAGCUUCGCCGUCCUCUCCGUCCCAGAAAACCCCCACGGUGCUGACCAAGUCAUCCGACGUCUCUCUGCGGUCGAACAGGCAGCAACUGCCUACCAUCGCUGGAUCACCGUCGGUCAGCACUGUCGGAUCCAAAGAAGGUGCCGCGCUGGCCGCAGCAACAAAUGGAACACCAUCCGCCAAGGACGUGAACUCGUCGACGAAGAUUCCUCGCAUUUCGAGCCAGACGUCUGCUGGGGGAUCUCCGCAACCUGCCAUGAAAUCGAUGAUGUCGGGAACCAAGCGAGGGAGUGUUGCCGAACAAAGUGCUCCUUCUGAGGUCUCGACAUCUUUCGAGGAGUUUGGUCUGCUGGACACUCCAGUGAACAAGGCAACUACAACGGUCGGGAACAAUCGUUAUAGUGUUAGAGGUUCUCCGCAAUCUUCAAAGCAGCAACCGCGCUAUGCCGCAAGCACAAUUUCGUCGUCAGUCUCGACUUCCUCAAUACGGAAGCCAGCUCGGGACUCUUCUAUCUCCCUCAAUGCAAUGCGCAAGUCCUCAACAGCAUCUGUUAAUUCAAUGAGCUCGUCUCUUGCAUCUAGCUCCGUAAACAUGGCCGAAACACCGCCUCAUCGGUUCUCUGCAUUGUCGCCGGCGAAAUCAAUCAAGAUGCUCUCGCCAAAGCCAAAGAUUGCUGUUCAAUCUCCGAAGGCUCAUGGCAUAACCUCUUCUCCAGCGCUCCGCCAGGGUUCGUCUUCCUCGAGCGACAGACAUUCCUUCUCCACCCCUUCACCAAUCCCGACCCCGGUGGACGAAGAGGAGCUGCUGGGAGAUGAGGAGAUGAUGGAUUACAUCCGUCGGCAGCACGCUCGCAAGAUUGCAAGUGGUGCCAAAAAGGAGGAUCUGGAAGAGAUGCUCAAGUUCCCAGAACCUAUUGCCCCAGCACCAGCGCUAACACCACAGGGCAAUCAAGCAGUCUACCUAUCGGAUUAUGAGCGAAAGGAAAUCUUGGACUAUCCGAAUGUCUACUUUAUUGGGGCGCGGAGUGACAAGAAGCCUGCGAUGAGGGACAACCCGACGAACAACUAUAGCUAUGAUGACGACCGAGGGGACUAUCAGAUUGUGAAUGGUGAUCAUCUCGCGUACCGAUACGAGGUUAUCGAGACGCUCGGCAAGGGCUCGUUUGGACAAGUCCUUCAUUGCCGCGAUCACUGCACUGGCGAAUCGGUGGCGAUCAAGAUCAUUAGGAACAAGAAGCGUUUUCAUCAUCAAGCUCUUGUCGAGAUCAAAAUCCUGGACAAUCUUCGCAAAUGGGAUCCUGAUGAGAAGCACCAUGUGAUCAAGAUGACCGAGAAUUUCUACUUCCGCAAUCACCUUUGUAUUGCAAUGGAGCUUCUCAGCAUCAACCUGUACGAACUGAUCAAAGCCAACGGAUUCGUCGGGUUCACGACAACUCUCAUCCGACGCUUCACGACACAAAUGCUGGGAUCUUUGUCACUCAUGCGACACCAUCGUAUUGUCCAUUGUGAUUUGAAGCCAGAGAACAUUUUGCUACGACAUCCAGCAAAGAGCGGAAUCAAAGUUAUUGAUUUUGGAAGCAGUUGUCUGGAGCACGAAAAAGUGUACACGUAUAUCCAAAGUCGCUUCUACCGCUCACCCGAGGUCAUUCUGGGCAUGAGCUAUAGUAUGGCCAUUGAUAUGUGGAGUCUCGGGUGCAUUUUAGCUGAGCUCUAUACCGGGUUCCCAAUCUUCCCUGGUGAGAACGAACAAGAGCAGCUGGCUUGCAUUAUGGAGGUGCUCGGCGUUCCAGACAAGGACAUUAUUCAACGAAGCUCCCGUCGACGAAUCUUUUUCGAUUCGUCUGGCGCUCCACGUCCAGUAGUGAACUCGAAAGGACGCCGUCGUCGUCCUGGAACAAAGACUUUGAGCCAGGUCCUGCGCUGUGACGAUGCCGACUUUGUAGACUUUAUCGCCAAGUGUCUAAUUUGGGAUCCGGACAGACGACUGAAGCCACAGAGCGCGAUGCGGCAUCCGUUUAUCACUGGGGGCCGAGGCAAGAGCAAGACGCCUACCGCGAGUACAUCGUCACGAUCCGGACUACUGGGCUCCUCUUCGACGGUGUCCAAGAUUAGCCGGCUCGCGUCGUCUUCGUCGAACACACAAUCAAAUGAGGUGACCAAGAAGAUGAUUGGACCGCCAACACCGCUCACUGCAACGCGUACGGCCCGUCUCUCAGCGGGUCUGCCACCCAUCUCCAACUCUGCAUCGAGCAGUAGCUUGCAGUCCAACGCGAGCACGCAACGUGCACAGCGGUACCUGUCAGCCGGCGCAAAGCUUUCGUAG